AUGCUGUAUAAAAACCCAGACUAUUUGAUAGAACGACGAGUAACCUUGCAUGUGAAAGACAGGAAGAAAUGCGCUUUCAUUGCCGAUAUUAUUAUGGCCCAAUGCAUCAUAGUAUGCUUGGGCUCAGUUUCAAUCCUAGCCUGUGUGUGGACUCCAGAACAUUCCACGCUAGACUAUGACAAACUCACUCGUAUCAUGUACCUAUAUGAUGCAGCUGCCUGUGGUUAUAAACUGAGGACUGCCAAGGCGAUAGCCAACCUUUAUAUAAGCAAUGAGACCUAUGGGCUGGAACUACUGCCUAUUAAAUGGCAGCCAGCUUUGACUACGGUCUCCACUCGUUUUUCUGCUAAGACUAGGAAAUACAUAGAGAUAAGCUUCACUUUUCACUUCAUAUGGUUUUUCCUCGCGAUUGCUUUCCGCGUCAUUAUCAAGAACAGCACAGACACACGUUCUCUGAAGAUCACCCUUGGUGUAUUCUUCUAUAGCUGUGUGUUCAUCAUAGGCUUUGAUUCCUCCAUGGCUGUUGUCUACAUCACUCAUAUCAAACAGAGCUUGACCAAAGGCAUGAUUCUAAGGUACAGUGGCUGGAGCACUGAGAUGAAACUCGAUGACUAUGAUGACUUCUCCGGCUGGCUUCCCAUUGCAGCAUCCGCUUGCUGGCUCCGAGGUUUCGUGAUCUUCAUGUUGAAUCUCUACUUCUGUAGAGUGAUCUCCAUCAUCAGACGUAAGAUUAGGCGGAGAGAGUUUAAGAAGAAGAUGGCUGCUGAACGUUAUAACCCUUUCCCUGAGCCUCAGCAGGUCCAAGCAUCUGACAAAGUCCUUGUGUAUCGAGUUGGUGAGGACAAGCCGCAUACGAGACAAUAG